AUGCCCUUGAAUUUAAAUCCAAAUUUUGAUGAGCAUCGAUGGGUAAUUAACAUCCGUCGAAUCCUAGAUGAAGAAAUUGAUGAAGACGAUGAUGAAUCCUCAGCCUGUAUUUUCAAUGUCCCCAAAAGCUUAACGUGUAGUCAUCCAGAGUCAUACACACCGCAUCUGGUUGCGAUCGGUCCUUACCAUCAUUGGCGUCCCGAGCUCUUCGAGAUGGAAAGAUAUAAACUCGUUGCAGCAAAAAGAGCUCAAAGACAACUUCAGUGUCUCAAGUUUCAAAGCCUGGUUGAGCAAUUGAUUAUGCUUGAGCCGAAGAUUCGGGCAUGUUACCACAAGUUUUUGGAUUUCAGUGGUGAAACUCUGGCAUGGAUGAUGGCCAUUGAUGCUUUGUUCCUGCUCCACUUCCUUCAAAUCUAUGCUGUCAGAGAAGGUAAAGCUUUAUCUCGGCAUAAUGUUAUUCUGAGAGAUAUUGUGAUGCUUGAGAACCAAAUGCCGGUUUUCGUACUGAGGAAGAUGUUAGAAUUCCGAUUUGAAUCGUUGGAAUCAGCCGAUGAUACAUUGUUUUCGAUGUUAAUGGGAUUAUGCAGAGAGAUUUCACCCUUCAAAAUGAUGCAAGAGUUACCAAAAAUCGAGCUCUCUUAUUGUCCCCAUUUGCUAGACUUUUUGUACCACAUGUUUGUGCCGAAAUUGGAAGGGACAACCGAAAUGAUCGACGUAGAAGAUCACUGUGAAGCUGAAGAGCAAUUUCUAAGGAAGACCUGGAGGCUGCUUUCGGAAUUACUAAACAAGAUUUCGGUCUGUUUUAUUCAUGUGCUAAAGUCAAGGCCAGUCAAAGCCAUAGUAAAAGUCCCUUGGACAAUUUUAUCUAACCUUCCUGGAUUUGUGAUCUUAAAACAUCUUGUUUCAUUCAUUUUCUUCUCCCAAAGAAUUGAGGAAAACAAACCAGAAAAUGAGAGUUAUAAGAUUAGCCAACCACCAUUAGUAGAAGAAAUCGCAAUCCCUUCUGUCACUGAGCUUUCAAAAGCCGGGGUUCGUUUCGCACCCACUAAUGGCAGCAUCUCCACCGUUAGUUUUGACGUUGAGAGUGUCACAUUUUAUCUUCCCACAGUUAGUUUAGAGUCAAACACUGAGGUGAUUUUGAGAAAUUUAGUAGCAUAUGAAGCAUCAAAGGCAUCAGGGCCACUGGUUUUCACUCGUUAUACGGAAUUGAUGAAUGGGAUUAUCGAUACUGAGGAUGAUGUGAGGCUGCUAGGGGAAAGAGGUAUAAUUUUGAACCGUUUAAAGAGUGAUGAAGAGGCUGCAAAACUUUGGAAUGGGAUGAGCAAGUCAAUCAGAUUGACCAAAGUACCAUUUUUAGAUGAAGUUAUUGAAGAUAUUAACAAGUAUUAUGAGGCUCGAUGGCGAGUCAAAAUUCGAAAAUUUAUGAAACAUCAUGUAUUUAGUUCUUGGCAGUUUCUAACGUUGCUGGCUGCCAUCUUGCUCUUGUUCUUAAUGAUGUUACAGGCAUUUUGCGCUCUCUACGGCUGUUCUCGGUCGUCUCGCAACAGGACAAUUCAGAGGCUAUCUUAAAAGUUAAUUAAUUCAAUAAAUUUAGCUGUGAAAUU